AUGAGUAGGAACAGGGACAAAGAACCCCUUCUCGAGUUUGAUUAUGAACCUGAAAGAACCUUGAGGCGGCGUUUGCAACAAGCUAAAGCUUACAAAGCUGGAGAAAAUCUCAAGAAAACUUUUAAGAAGAAAGCUGAAGAGACCACUAUGGCAGCUAUUGGAGGGAAUCCGAAUGCUGAAGAGCAAGCAAGGAAGGUGCUUGGCUCAUGCACUGCAUCCACACUUGACUUAACACAGUAUAUCUGGAGUCACUGCCGCCGAAUCCUAACUGUCGCUGCUGUCAGAAUAACGAACCUGGAAGGAGAAGGACGAGGUCCGUUCUCGCACCGUCCUGCUCCGCCGCCGCCGCUGCCGUCGAUUGGGAUCACACUGUUGCUGUUGCGCCCUGUUUUCGUUGAUAGAGCCACUGUUGAGAGUCUGCCGUCAGAGAAGCAUCGUCGGCGUUGCUGCUGCGAACUAUUUCAGCUACUGCCCUGGAGUGAGAACGCCGUCGAACAGAAUGUGAGAAGGGAGAGGAGUUGUGUUCUUUCGCUGUCGCCGUCGUUGCCGAAACCAAGACAAAUUUACCGGAGAUAGUGUUGAUGAUAAUAAAGAACUGUUAGAGUUGCUGCUACUCCU